AUGAUACACCGAAAUCUACCCAAUGGAUUGCUUGAACACAACCAACCCGCCGCGAUCUUGAGCUCAGGAUCAGCCAUGUCGAUACAACCUAGCGCCAACUCGACCGCCCUGAUGCCGAACUUCCUCAUCCCCCGUUAUAGGUCUCGGCCUCCUACUGCUGAAGAGACCAGUUUACGACUCGCAUGGCUAGGCUACCGGCAAGAACUCUCACGAAAUUGGGGCUUUUGGUCCUCCUUUUCUCUCUCUUACAUCAACCUGGGUAAGGUUAUGAUACCUGAUGAUGUUUCGAAUUUCCUUAGCCUGACUUGUCGAGUUGGCCCUUUCUUUCGUCUCCUCACUUUCUCAGGCGCAACUCAGGGUACUUUUUGGGCCUAUCAAACUAUUUACAUUCUGGGAGGCCCUGUAACGAUGUUUUGGGGAACUAUUCUGAUAGGAACGGUAAUGCUGAUUCAGUAUAUGGUGUUGGCUGAGCUUGCCUCGGCUUAUCCCGCCGCAGGGGCAAUGUUUACAUGGACAUUCAAGCUCGCUCAUUCUAACGCGAGGACAAAAAACUGGGCCAAUUUUCUCUCGUGGACGGUAGCGAUGUAUCUGUUUGUUUCUCACAUAAUUUUUCAAAUGGAAGAUUCUUGGCAACUUGCUCUGAUCGUCCAAAAGCUCAUCAGGCUGGUGUUCCCUCAUUGGAAAGCUGGUAACUGGCAUUUAUACAUGAUAUCUUGUGUGAACUUGAUUGUUACCGGGGCAUUUAUGCUCUUACCAGUUUCACGCUCGCCACGACUUUGGAUCAGCUUUGCCGCUUUGACGGCCUGCAUCAGUGCCACGAUCUGUGUCCUAUUGCUUGCUAGCUCCAACUUUCAUCAGAGUCCUAUAAUGAUCUUCACCCGUCUCGAAAACCGGAGUCAAUUUCAAAGCAACGGCGUGGCUUUCAUGCUAGGCGCCAGUAUCUUGGCUGCCGCAGGCGCUGAAAAUUCGGCUCAUAUGGCAGAAGAAACCCACCAAGCUGAACUUGUUGUUCCUAGGGCGAUGUUCUUUGCUACAGUGAUCAACUACAUCAACGUCUUGAUUGUGCAGAUAUGCUUUUACAUGUCUUUUUCGGAGGCAAACAUUUUCAAUCAACCGGCGAUGCUAAGUUUAGUACUAUCGCAUUGUUCGCGACGAGUAUCAGCUUGCAUAUUCAGCUGUCUGUUGGUCGUCACUUGGAUUCAACAAAUCUCUCAACUUUUCGCCUCGACUCGUUUUGUAUGGGCUCUGGCAAGAGACAAUGCGUUUCCAUUCGCCACUCUAUGGCGCAAGCUCAGCAAGAGUCAAAUGCCACGAAGGGCAACAAUCCUUCUCGUCGCUUUGACCAUCUUGGCCUCUUGCUUUCUAGGUGUCUCUCAAACACACGUGACAACAUUCAUUGAAAGAUCCGAUUCUUAUCUAUCCCUGAUGUGUUAUCUCAUACCAAUCGUCCUUUAUCUCCUCAGUGACAAAGAUGUUCUUUAUCGUGACGGGCGUAACUUUUGGACUCUCCAGGAAUGGAGUCGACCGCUUGCAUGGUUGGCUUUGAUCACUUUACUGAUCCAGAUGGUCUUGGGUGGGUUCCCCACUGAGGCAAGGGCAGCUGGACCGCAAUUCCUUGCUCGAGCCGUUUCGAGUGCUUCUAUUCCGUUGGUUGCCCUACUAGCCGCCGUAUCCUGGUUCCUCUAUGGUCGGGCUCACUACGUCGGGCCCAUCAAAUCGAUCACAGUGUGGACGACCGGGCAGGAGGUCGAACUUCCACGAGCAGGAAACUGCGCGAUCAGUAACCCGACAUCCACGGAAGAAGCCGUAGGAAGACGUGCCAAUAUUUACGAAGAGAGUAUACCGAUGCAAGCCACAUCGGGAUCGCUUCCUCGAGGCGAAAACUUGACUUCAGCCAGUCCUAGCACUUCACGCAUUAACUCGGUUACUAUCCCUGCCUAUGCGAGCACCUCAAUCAACUCGAUCGAAGGACCUGAAAUAUAA